CACACACACACACACACACUCACACAGAUCCAGUGGCUGCUCUGUAUCUCUGACACUCACCCACUCUCAUCGUUUUCUCUCUCUCUCUCUCUCUCACUGUCCCUCCCUCCCUCCUUCCCUCUGUCUCUCACUCCAUUCCUCUGGGAUCUGCAUCCUUCUUGCUUCUUCUCAGAUUGUGUUUGUAAGUGCGGGCUGAAUGUCUCCCCGUGUAUGCUUGGGUAUCCCUGGGUCUUUUUUGCAUGUGUGAGUGACUGCUUGCCAACUUUGGAGUGACUGGGCAGAGCAGUGAGAAGUGUAUGUGGGUCUCUGUCUCACCCUCACACACUCUCCGGUCCUCUCGCAACUCUUCUCGGGAUCUCCGGAUCCCUUCCGACGGUGGCAGGCUCCCCACACAAAGCAGUCACCAUUUCUGCCCCCGGGAGACCCACGCUGGCAGCGCAGCCCCUUCCCCGACUCAGCAUCGGGAGGAAGACCCUGGUGGCGGCUGCUGUAGGGGUUAUGCUGGUCCUGGUGCUGGUGGUCCUCAUCCCCGUGCUCGUCAGCUCUGUGGGUACAGAUGCCAGCCACUAUGAGAUGCUGGGCACCUGUCGGAUGGUGUGCGACCCCUACCUGAACAAGGGGACGCCGGCAAGCAGCACCACCUCCACCGGGCUCCAGGCUGAGGCGGAGGCGCUGAGCGACAACAGCAACGUGCUUCCACCCUCCACCUUACUGCAGGGCCCACAGGGGAAGCCUGGCAGGCCGGGCAAGCCAGGACCACCCGGGCCACUGGGAGAACCGGGGCCCCCCGGACCUGCGGGGCCUCCUGGUGACAGAGGGGAUCAGGGAAGGACUGGGAUUUUGGGUCUGGGAGGGAAUGGAGCUAUCAGCACGGCCACCUACAGCACGGUGCCUCGGGUGGCCUUCUAUGCGGGGCUAAAGAACCCCCACGAAGGCUACGAGAUCCUCAAGUUUGACGAUGUGGUCACCAACCUGGGCAACAACUAUGAUGGCAUUUCUGGCAAAUUCAUCUGCAGCAUACCGGGCACAUACUUCUUUAUCUACCAUGUGCUGAUGAGAGGAGGGGAUGGCACCAGCAUGUGGGCAGACCUCUGCAAGAAUGGCCAGGUUCGUGCCAGUGCCAUCGCCCAGGACGCAGACCAGAACUACGACUACGCCUCCAACAGCGUCAUCCUCCAUCUGGACGCAGGGGACGAGGUGUACAUCAAACUGGACGGAGGCAAAGCCCACGGAGGGAACAACAACAAGUACAGCACCUUCAAUGGCUUCAUCCUGUACGCAGACUGAGAACACACAGACACAGAGACAGUCAGAUAGGAAGAGAUUGAGAGAAAGAGUUGGGUGGGUUUGGGUGUGUGUGUUAAAAGCUGGAAUGCUUUAUAGUUUUCCUAAUUCUCUCCAUCAUCACGGACACCUCUGCUUUGUAUCCAUCAGCCGAGACAUCCAGGCUCUGUAGCCGAGUCUGUCGCAAAGCCUCCGAGGACACGCUGAGAGGGGCCGGGCGGAGGAUGUAGGGUGGAGGUGGGCUGUUUUUAUCUCCUCGCCACAAUGCCUACGUGUCAGGAGGUCCUCGCUUUCAGUGUCUAUCCUCUUCAACCCUGCUCCAUUGCACAGAAAUAUCAACAAAAAUGAAAAACCCUGCAAAAAGCGGAUGACCUCACCUCUUCUCUCCACAGUGGCAACAGCUGUACUGUCGGUGGACUCAAUUGACUCAAGUGUAGUGUUGUUCCGUGCGAUUUUCCUUAAGAGUGUGUUUUUAUUUUGUAGACAUGCAUAAUAUUCUACACAGAUGAGAUUUAAAAAAAUAGAGAAUAUUUGUCCCUUGUGAACAUAUCCCGUUUGACUGAGAGAACAGAUUUGUCAGAUGUUAUUUGUGAUGCAGCUCAGGCAUCUAACAGCUGGAAAAAGAAAUCUUUAAGACGAUGUAAGACUGAGUGUUUCAUGACAGUGGGUGUUUUUCUUCAUCGCUGGGUACAGCAAAGUAACUAUAUAUUGUUCAUGUGGAGAAUAAGAAUUCAUUCUGCACUAUUCCUUAUAAUGUAUCUAAAAAAAGGAAACAUCUCAUUUAGAAAAUAUCCUUACCACGAACCACCUCACACUGUUUGCACAUACACAAUAUCCUGCUGCUGUACGGAUUAAAGUAGAGUUCAAAUCGUCUUCUUUCUAUGUUUAGUUUUAUGUAGAUGCUCUGCUCGGCGACACCACCGGGCAUGUGAUGAAGCAAACAUCUCCAGAUUCAGAGGUAACCUUUUUGAACAGUUUUUUUCUUCUUCUUUGCUGUGCUGACCUCCGAGGCCCUCUUUUGUAGCGGAGGGAGAGUAAGUCACAAAGACGGAGAGAAUGAUGGGGGAGGUGGAGGGGGCGUUCAGCCACAGUAACAGUGAGUGGGCAAUUUCUCUGUUUCAGUGUCUCUGAGCCUCACUGGAUGUCAUCCAUUCAUUAGCUGCAUACUCACUGACACACAGGCAUUAUGGUAAUAUUUACUCAACAUGGUUGCCUGACAGCUUGCUUGAGAAUGAAAUUGAUUGGGUGAGUGACUUGUUCAAUCAUGACUGCACGUAUGUGUGAGUGUGAGUGUGUAUGUGUCUCUGCAUACCGGUGAGGGUCUGCAUUUUAGCAUGUGCCAUAGCUACAUCGUUCCUUUUUCAGAGUUAUUCUGUGCUACAGCCAAUGACAGAUAUUUUCCUCAGCAGCCAAUGAGAUUGUGCUCUGUAGGGUGGGGAGCCUCUAUAGAUAUAACGAGAAGAACAAACAGCUUGUAAAUGAAAUAUAUGACAUGUUUGUCUAUCUUAUCUUUUGGAAUUGUUGAAUACAUUUAAAUAAUAAAUGGGAUUUUUUGAGUGGCUUGUCUUACGAGAAUUAUUGUAUCCCAAAAAACGCUAAAUAGGGAAAAUGAUCUGUACAAGGAUCUCAUUUGCUUUGUGAGACUUCAUGACUUGAAAUGUGUUUUUGUUCUGUUUAAACCAAACGUUUUAACAAUGGCCUGCCAGUGCAAACAUUAAAA